AUGGCCAUCGAGGACGCAAAGACGCCUGCGACAGGCCAGGAGUCUUACGACUCGAAGUCCCCUCACAAUGCGACAGUCACAGCAUCCUCGACGUCUUUGUCGGACGAGGAGCGACUGGGACUUGGACAGGGAAAGGUUCCUGACGACUGCGCAUUCGAUACCACCGAGAACCCGGAAAUCUAUAGACCCAUUUCGACAUACGAAGGGAUACACCGAUGGGACCCUUACUUUCAAUGGGGAGAAGACGAAGAGAAAAGUCUCAUUCGGAAGAUCGAUGUCCGAGUUUGUACUUUCGCAUGCGUUACAUUCUUCGCGCUCCAGCUUGAUCGAGGAAACAUCGUCCAGGCGAUGUCGGAUAACAUGCUCGAGGACUUGGGCAUGAACACCAACGACUAUAACACCGGCCAAACAAUCUUCUUCCUCGUUUUCCUUUUCGCGGAGUUGCCGUCGCAAUUGUUGUCCAAGAAGUUCGGACCGGAUCGCUGGAUUCCAAUUCAAAUGGUCAUGUGGAGUUUUAUCGCCGCCUUCCAGGCGUUCAUUAAGAAUCGAACCGGUUAUUUCAUCUGUCGCGCUCUCCUGGGUUUGAUCGAGGGUGGAUUUAUCCCUGACACAAUCUUGUUCCUCUCUUUUUGGUAUAAGUCCAGAGAAUUGCCAAUCCGACUGAGUUACUUCUGGGUUUCCUACCAGGGAACAUCCAUUGUCGGUGCAUUCCUCGCCUUUGGAUUCCUGCAUGUUCGACAGAGCGACGGUACCGGCGGAUGGCGAUAUCUCUUUGCUUUCGAAGGCCUGCUCACCGGUCUCAUCGGAAUCGUCGCCAUGUUCUGGAUGCCUGCAGGACCAACACAGACAAAGGGUGGCAUCCGCGGAAAGGAUGGCUGGUUCAACGAACGCGAGGAAAAGAUUAUGGUCAAUCGUGUCCUCCGGGACGACCCCAGCAAGGGAAGCAUGCACAACCGACAAGCCUUGACGCCUAAGAUGCUUUGGCGUGCACUUUGCGACUAUGACCUUUGGCCGAUUUAUGCACUUGGUUUCAUUUGGGGCAUUCCCAACACGCCCGCAACCAACUAUAUUACCCUGCAGCUCAAGAGUCUCAAUUUCGGAACGUUCGAAACGAACUUGCUCACCAUCCCGGCAUACGUCAUAUUCAUCAUCAAUCUGCUGAUUAUCACAUGGAUUUCGGAGCGAUUCAACCAGCGCAUGCUUCUGGGUGUUGUCUCUGAGGUGUGGUGUUUGGCGUUGUUGAUCACCCUCGAGGUGCUCCCUGCUGAUGCCAGCACUUGGGGUCGAUAUGUGGACUUGAUUCUUCUGAUCGGUGCGCCCUAUGUGCACGCUAUCAUCGUCGCCAUCGCAUCAAGAAAUGCGGGAUCUGUCCGGACACGAACAGUCGCAACGGCUAUGUAUAACAUGACUGUUCAGGCGUCAAGUAUCAUUUCCAACAACAUCUAUCGCGACGAUGACAAGCCGUUAUAUCGCAGGGGUAACAAGGUCCUAAUUGCGAUUGCUGCAUUGAGCGCGUUCCUGUUUGUCUUUUCCAAGUACUAUUAUGUCUGGCGUAAUAAGAGUAACGAGACCAAAUGGAAUGCCAUGUCGAGUGAAGAGAGAAAGGCAUAUCUGCUGGCAAACCCGGAUGCUGGAAACAAACGGCUCGAUUUCCGGUUUUCUCAUUAG